AUGAUGAUGAAGAGCAACGGGAACGGAAAUGGCAGUUCAACCACUUUCACAGUUCAUGAUCGACUUGGUGCUGCAGUUGCUCCAAAUCCUAACACUACCAAUUGUUCAUUAAACCUAUCGACAUCGUCCAACUGUCAAUCAAUGUCCACAUCAACAACACCGACAGCAUCAAACAAUUCCAACACAGCUCUAGUGCCUGCCGGAAGUUUAUCAUCAGCCACGGCAGCAUCAUGUAAUAUAGCAACCGGAAAUAGUAAUAAUAGUAGUCCAGUCCCAACGACGACCGCACCAACAGCAGCAGUAGCUCUAAGUGGAUCGAAUCAGCAUCAAGAUUUAGUUAAUUUGUUCGAAUGUCCUGUUUGUUUUGAUUACGCUUUACCACCGAUUCUUCAAUGCCAAUCAGGUCAUAUUGUCUGUUCACAAUGUAGACAAAAACUAUCAUCUUGUCCAACAUGCCGUGGACCGUUAGGUAAGCCACUGAUCGAAUUCCAAAAACGAUCCGAUCCGAAAUGCUAUUCUUCUCUCUGUCAAGGCAAUAUCCGUAAUUUGGGUAUGGAAAAAGUUGCUGAUACGAUUUUAUUUCCAUGUAAAUAUCAGUCCAAUGGAUGUACAACAAAUCUAAUGCAUAAGCAUAAACUCGAACAUGAAGAAUCCUGUGAUUUUCGUCCAUAUAUGUGUCCAUGUCCAGGUGCAUCAUGCAAAUGGCAAGGCAGUCUGGAAAGUGUCAUGCAACAUCUUUGGCUAGCUCACAAAUCAAUCACGACCUUACAAGGCGAAGAUAUUGUCUUUUUAGCCACCGAUAUCACUCUACCUGGUGCUGUUGAUUGGGUGAUGAUGCAAUCAUGCUUUGGACAUCAUUUUAUGCUUGUCUUAGAGAAACAAGAGCAACAAUUUUUUGCCAUUGUGCAACUGAUCGGUACUCGACAGCAAGCAGAGAAAUUUCUCUAUCGUUUGGAGUUAACUGGAAGCAAACGACGAUUGACAUGGGAAAGCACACCUAAAUCGAUUCACGAAGGCAUUCAACAAGCUAUACUUCUUAGUGAUUGUCUGGUAUUUGAUGGAGCGACAGCAUUACUGUUUAGUGAAAAUGGUAAUCUGGCAAUUAACGUCACUGUAUUUAUCGGUUGA